AUGUCUCGUGGCCAGAACCAUCAACGGGGGCCUUUGAAUCCCAUUUGGACAGCAGCCCGUUAUGCCAAUUGGCAGUCAUGGCACUUGGUAGACCGGGCCUCUCCUGGCAUCUGUCAUUCACCUGUGGAUCCCUGGCUUGCGUGCAUCUGCUGUGGGGAUUCCAGGUGCACAUGCUCAGCCUUGAAAAAGAAGAGCUUGGGGGCACCUGCCUUGCCUGACAGUAACGAGCUUAUCCUCCGGGAUCUCAAGGGGGGCACUCCAGGACCCCCAUAA